CUGGGUCGCGGUGGUGCAGGUCUGGCGUGUUGCACAGGCCCAGUGCUGCAGGGUGUCCGGUAGGGUGCCUGCAGAGCCACGAGCAUGCUGCUGGUGUCAGGAGCAGAGGAGCGGAAAACUGUCGGUGCUCUUCUGGGAGGAAACAAACACGCGUUUCACCGCCACCGAGUCAGCCGCUUAGCGACGCGUUAGAAGACACCGCUCGGUGUGUGUCGUCGUCGUUGUUGUUGUUGUUGUUGUUGUUGUUGUCGUAUUUAACGGGACAGCGCGCGAGACGCAAAGGUAGGCUACGGCUCCUGCCCGCGAGCUCCUGCUACUUUACUCCCAGGGACUCGUACGAAACACACGCGAACACACCCGGGGGCUGAGCGAUGUUCCGCGGGGAGGUGAGCCGCUCGUCCCCGAGCACGACGCGCGGGUUUUAACGCGAAUACGUUUACGUGGAUGUUGUUGUUGUUUUUUUCUUUUCUUUUGUUUUUUUUUCGCGGCGGCGAACGUUCGGACGCUUUUGUUGUUUUGAAAACGCGUCGGUUAAAGGCUUCGUCUCUCCAUGCCUCAACCGACCAACCCGCACGAGAAGAAGUCGACGUCCGGAAUAAAUUAAACCACAAAGAAAAGGCCCUUCUCCCCCCUUUUCUCCCCCACCGUCAUCGCGUGCACCUGAACCGGACGAGGGGACCAUGCGCGUGGAUUUGCUCUGGAUGUGUUUGUGGUGCUUCCUUCGUCCCGGUGCCGCCGGUCAAGGGCAGUCGGCGGCCGUGUGUUCGCCCUCAUGCAGCUGCGAUGAAGACGGCGGCGCGGACUGCUCCGGGAGGGGGCUGACCACCGUCCCCGCCGGGCUGCGGGCGUUCACCUACUACCUUGACCUGAGUAUGAACAACAUCACGGAGCUUCCAGCAUUGGUAUUCAAGAACUUCCCCUAUCUUGAAGAACUACGACUUGCAGGGAAUGACCUGUCAUUCAUCCACCCUGAAGCCCUCUCUGGACUGCAUCAGCUCAAAGUCCUAAUGCUCCAGAAUAAUCAGCUGAAGACUGUGCCCAGUGCAUCCCUGAAGACUCUCCUUUCUCUGCAGUCUCUUCGGCUCGACGCAAACCACAUCACUACUGUUCCAGAAGACAGCUUUGAAGGCCUUCAGCAGCUGCGCCACCUCUGGCUGGAUGAUAACAACCUGACGGAGGUCCCGGUCGGUUCUCUGAGACACCAGGCGAAUCUUCAGGCUCUGACGUUGGCGCUCAACCGCAUCUCGUACAUACCAGACAACGCCUUCGCCAACCUUACCAGUCUAGUUGUGCUGCAUCUUCAUAACAACAGAAUCAAGGCGAUAGGAGACACCUGCUUUUCUGGACUCGUGAACCUGGAGACACUAGAUCUUAACUUCAACAACCUGAUGGUUUUUCCUAAAGCAAUAGCAGCCCUGGCCAAACUCAAAGAGCUCGGGUUCCACAGCAACGACAUUGCCUCCAUACCUGAAGGGGCCUUCCGUAACAACCCCCUGCUGCGAACCAUACAUUUGUAUGACAACCCUCUCUCCCUGGUGGGCCCUUCAGCUUUCCAGAAUCUGUCUGACCUGCACUCUCUGAUGCUGCGUGGGGCCGGCAUGAUGCAGGACUUUCCCAUCCUCACGUGGACUAAUAAUCUUGAGAGUCUGACGCUGUCGGGAACCCAGAUAUCGUUCAUCCCCGCCGAGCUGUGUGAGAACCUCAAGUUGCUUCGAUCGCUAGACCUGUCCUACAACGUCAUCAAGGAGCUGCCGUCCUUCCAGGGCUGCAUCCGGCUGCACGAGAUGAGCUUUCAGCACAACCGUAUUCAACAAAUUGAUAGGGACACCUUUCAGGGUCUCUCCGAACUCAGUUUACUAGACUUGAGCAGAAAUGAAAUCCGAGUGAUCCACCGAGACGCUUUCCUUUCCCUCACUGCGCUCACUAACCUAGAUCUGAGUAUGAACUCUCUGGCCGUGAUUCCAACAUCCGGACUGAGCUCUCUCAGUCAGUUAAAACUUUCGGGAAACUUGCAGAUGAAAAAUGGCUUGACUGCAAAAAACCUGCCCAAACUCAGGUCCAUCUCCGUCCCGUAUGCCUACCAAUGCUGUGCUUUCGUUGGGUGUGACUCAUUGACGGGUUCGUCCGAGGAAAACGACCCAAAGAAUUCUGCAGGAGAGGAAGAUGUGGAAAGGAUUUCAAUGAUAAUGCAUUGCUCUCCUUCACCAGGGGCCUUCAAGCCGUGCGAACACUUGCUGGGCAACUGGAUGAUCCGUCUGACCGUCUGGUUCAUCUGUCUGGUGUCCUUGGUCUUCAACAGCCUGGUGCUGGUGGCCACCUUCUCUCCCACACGCAGAGCCGCCGCGGGCUACGCCCACUCCCCGGCUGCGCCUCUUUCUCCAGCCCGCCUGCUGAUGGGGCUUCUGGCCCUGGCCAACCUCCUGACGGGCCUCUACGUCGGCGUGCUCACCGCGCUCGACGUGGCCACCUGGGGCUCGUUUGCCGAGUUCGGCGUGUGGUGGGAGAUGGGACCCGGCUGUCAGGUCACCGGCGCUCUGGCCGUCUUCUCGUCGGAGUGGGCGGUGCUGCUGCUCUCGCUGGCGGCCGUGGAGCGCAGCGUGGCCGUGCGCGCGAUACUCGGGAAGGUGAUGAUGUCGCCCGGGAGGAACGCCGGCGGCCGGCGCGGCUGCUGGAGGAAAGGCCGGCGCUUCGGCCUCGCUGCGGGGCUGCUGGGGCUGCUGGCCGCUGCCGGAGCCUGCCUUCCUCUCCUGACCUUAGGUGACCAGUCCGCCUCUCCUCUCUGCCUGCCCUUCGCUGGCGGAGAGAGUCCAGCGCUGAGUGUCACGGUCGCUCUGGUGCUGCUCAACGCGCUGGCUUACCUGUUCACCGCAGCUGUGUACACCCACCUGUACUGCCACCUGGGCAGGGUGGAGCUGGCCGAUCCGGAGCAGACCGGCGCCCUGCGGCACGUGGCGUGGCUCAUCUUCACCAACUGCAUCUUCUUCUGCCCCGUGGCGGCUUUCUCCUUCGCCCCUCUGCUAACCGGCUCCGCAGCCGGCGGCCCGGAGAUCGCCAAAUCGGUCACGCUCAUUUUCUUCCCGCUGCCCGCGUGCCUGAACCCAGUGCUGUACGUGUUCUUCAGCCCGGCCUUCAGGGAGGACUGGCUGAGAAUACGCGGCGCAUCCACCGGUGAGGUAAAGGCCGGAGCCGAGGGCCACGGGGACGCCGGCGGUGGAGGGUCGGAGCUCACGGACAGCGGCUCCUCCACCCACCUGGGCUUUGACUGCGGGAUGUACUCCCAGCUUUGCGGAGAGACGCUCGUGUGCGAUCAGUGCGAGGCCGCACUGCGUGCCAGGACCUGCUCCUCUCCCUCGUCCUCCGCGGUCUGCAGACACUUGAUGAAGUCUCACAGCUGUCCCACCCUGCUGGCGGGGGCGGCCGUCUGCCAGCGCGCCGAAGGGUUUUGGGCGGAGAGCAGCACGCCCUCGGCUCAGUCCGAGUACGCGGACGAGGGCGACUCGUUUGUCUCGGACAGUUCGGACCAGGUCCAGGCCUGUGGCAGGGCCUGCUUCUGUCAGAGCAGAGGCCUUCCUCUGGUGCACUACUCGUACAACAUGCCCCGAGUCAACGACUGACGCCUCUGUCGCCCGAAUUUAGGUUCUACAAGAAAACUAUUUUUAUAUCCAACAACUGAAUGUGCAUG